AUGAAUUAUAAAUGUGCUACACGCACAGUACGAUAUGAGGCAUUAAAUCACAACAUUGUGAAGAGUUGUAUUGAGACCUGCCAUGAAAACUGGUACUGGUUAAGUACCAAUCGCAUUGGUUACGAAUAUGUCGGAUUUGAAGUUCUAUAUGCUCCAUUUUUGGCUACUUGGAAAGUGUUAAAGCAAGGCAGACAUCCUGAACACAUCUUUUUAGUAUUUCCUCGAAAUUAUUUAAAAUUCAUUUGCCUUUGGCUUUCGGCUUCAACAGUACAAUCUUUAAAAUAUCGCAUUAUUAACUACAUUAUUAUGAUCUUACUAGCGAUAUUCACACUAACAAUUGCAUGUGAUCUGUAUGAAGUCAGCAAUGAUAUUGUGCUCUUUGGAGAUGGUUUAGUAGUGUUAACUGGCCUCUUCUUAAUAUAUUUCAAAAUAUGGUUGUUCCGAUCACGUGCUGAUGAAAUGGAUUCAAUUACAAAUGCUUUUAAUAUUAUACAUACAAAAUUUAGCUUUGGAAUGGAAAAGAAAAAUCCUAAAAUCCUUACUUAUCAACGUUUUGCAUUCUUACUUGACGCUAGUGUGUUCACCAAUUUCUGCAUACUGAUUAUUUGGUUUUUUAUGGCCAUAAGCGUUCAACCAUUAUUUACCAGUGAAACGCUAAUAUUUCGUGCAAAAUUUCUGUUUAGCUUACACGAUCCACAGCGCCAUCCAUACGCCGUUACCUGCAUUUACUUCUUUCAAUUUUUCUGCACAAUUUAUGUGCUCUUUGUAAUUGUGCUUAUAGAUAGCAUUCCCACCCAGUAUUUUACACAAACGUCGGUGAGCUUGAAAACACUGUGCGAAUGCAUUCGCAGUUUGGGCAAGGAUGAUCAGGUUGUUAAUCAUGUAAACAUGCGUUCCCAACUAAGAGAGAUCGUUCAUUUUCAUCAGUUAAUAAUUGGCCUUGUUGAUAGAAUAAACAAAUGCUUCUAUUCCAAUUAUAUUGCACAAAUGGGUGCUAGCACCAUCAUUAUUUGUCUAACUGCCUUUGAGUCCUUGCUGGUUAAAGAUGAGCUAAUGGUGGCAAUUAAGUUUUAUAUAUAUAUGCUAAGUGGUUUCUUACAGCUAUUCUAUUGGUGUUUUUGUGGCAAUAGAAUGUAUUUUGAUUCAGUUAAAGUGUCUACUGCAGCUUUUGGACUUCAUCACUGGUAUAAUGAAUCGUUAGAGCUGCAGCGCGAUUUAAUGUUUUUAAUACAACGAGCACAGAAACCAUUAGUUUUCUAUGCAAAACCGCUUCCCGGAUUUACAUUUUCAACUUUUACAAGUAUACUAAGUACUUCGUAUUCAUAUUUUACGCUAUUACGCACGAUGAAUGAAUAA